AUGCCAAAUUUACGUAUCUUCGAUAUACAUCAUGAAGAUUCUAUACAAGAUAAUCAUAUACUAUAUCAUAAUUUAAUGGAAGAAUUUAAUUCAUUAUUUUGGAUUGAACGACAAUGGUUUUUUACUCAUCAACAUGAUUGGCAACAAAGAUUAGAUAGUGGAAUAUUUUAUUCAACAAAUCCAUAUCGAAGAAAAGAUUAUACAUUUUAUUGGGAAUUAGAUCAACAAUUAUGUCCACAUAUUCAAGAAAAUAAUUUAAAUUCAGUUAAACAUAUUCAUAUUUGUAAUCAUUCAAUUUCAAUAACUUUGAAUCGAAUGAUUCCUUUAAAACAAUUAACUAAAUUAGUUAUUGAAUCUGAUCAUUUUCCUUUUGAUGAAAUUGUUAAAUUAUUAUAUUUUACACCUAAUUUACAUACAUUAAAAUUAGAUUUACUUCCUCUCUAUGAAACAAAUUUAAAAGUACUUUAUCAAAAUGAAAUUUUUCAAUAUGUAUCAAAUGAAAAUCAUAUUCAAAAUUUAGAUCUUCGUCAUUGGUGUACAUUAAAACAUUUUCAAUUGAUUAUGAAUUUAUUUCCACAAAUUGAAUAUCUUAAAACCGGAAUGGAAAGAAAAGAAAUUCAAAAAAUUAUAAAAUUUCUAUUUUCAAAAACGAAUAAUAGAACAUAUCAUUUAUUCUUUUUGUGUAUUUCUCCAACACCUAAAAUAUGUUUACAAGAAUUAAAAGAUUUAAUUCAAUCAGAAAAUUUACUUGAUCAUUAUUCUAUUAAAUAUAUUAAGCGAGAUUUGUAUUUAUGGUGGUAG